CGGUGAUACGACCGGGAACUGCUGCCUUAUAGAACAGGUAACUAGAUGAAAAAUGGCAGUUAAUAUCUGUCAAUCAGGGUAGGCAAUUGCUGUCAAUGCCGCACGUAAAAUGUGCACGCUGGAUCUGACGGUAGUCAGAUAAACGCCAUUUUUUCUCUAUAGUUUACCUACACGAACAGAGCACUACCUAUAAUCGUAACUCGUUGAUGAGACAGAGAAAACGUUAUAAAAUUGGAGACGUUUUCGAAGGCAGAUUAGUAUGCAAAGUCAAUCAAGUCAAGUUGUCUACAGCAAAACACCCACACAGCGACCAUGUCAUCAGAAAACACAAUGCCGAGUACAACUCGUGAGAUCGUCAGUUCGAUGAACGAUAAACCUGGAACGGAUCGCAGAGGAUUUCUGUUCAACAACGAGUUCAUGUCGGAUGUCACCUUCUUAGUGGGACCGGACAAGCAGCGGUUCUACGGUCAUAAAUUGAUCUUAAUCAACGCGUCGGACCACUUUUUCGAUCUGUUACAGAAUUCGAGGACCAACGAGGUCACCUUGGAAGAUGUUGAGCCGAGUGUUUUCCUGGAGAUUCUACGUUUCCUGUACUGCGAGAAGAUCGAACUCACGGCCGAGAAUGUUCGUGAAAUUUAUACACAUUCGAAAAAGUGGUCUCUGGAAAAAGUGUUGCCAGUGGUGAACGACUUUCUCCGUCAGAAUGUUGACUCGGAUAAUGUGCUUGAGAAGUUGAUGGAUAAUCGGUUCUACGGAUUGAAAUCAAUUGACGAGAAGUGUUUGCAAAUAAUUUGCGAUAAUCCUUUGCGUUACUUCAAGCAGAAGAAUUUCGUCCAGUUGGACCGUGUGUCGCUUAAACUGAUCGUCAGUGCCAAGAGAAUCAAUUGUUCAAGUGAUCAAUUGAUGGAAGUUGUCGAUGGUUGGCAAAAGACGCACAGCGAGGUGGAUGUCGAGGAUUUAAAAACAGCUAUCAGAAGCUCUAAUCCACAGUCCACUUGGCCCAUGUUAAGAUUUGUUGGUGAGUACUCUAGGACUGGACCAAGCUCGUACUUUCUCUUUCACAUAAACUCUUAUAUUCGCGGUAUAAAAUUGAUCGGAAUGGGAAUUUUUUUCAAAUCGAACGAAGAAGUCGUCACUGUGACUGUUUCCAUAGAUAGGGUCUACCAUUCUUGUUGUAACAUACUUCCCCAACGCAAUUGCACUUUCAAAAACCCUUGUGUUGACACAGUGAACAUAGCUGAUAUUUUCUUCGAACCUAUUUACUUAGAAUCUCAAAGAAACUAUAAGAUUUCUGCUGCGUUUAAAACUACAGUAAAACCGCUCAGCAUGGCUACUUUCCAAACUUAUCAUAAUUACAUCCAAAUAGUAAAAGAUAAAUCUAGCGAGAGCCUCAGUACACCAAUUGCACAUUUCUACUACCAAACGAUAUAUUGAAGGUAGGAUUUCGAUAUUCAAUUUUAUACACGCACACACCUACGGAUUCACCCGUAAGCUGUGACCAAACAGAGUUUUCAACUUUAAAUAUAACCAAACAAUAGAUCAAUAGAAACAACAGCAGUCUUAUAUAAACUUAUAUUCUAGUUGGUCAGGUGUGGAAAAAGUUUCAAAGCUGUAAAAUUACAACUCAAAUGUAGAAAUCAGAGAGAAUGUAAAUGUAGUUUUUAUGAAAUUAGUGACAGAGAAAGAUAGCCCGAAGGACGCGGUUGGUUGGACAUUUUCCUAUACUACGACCGUUCGAAUAAGAAACUCAAACUUCUGAAAGCUCAAAUAAAUACUACAUUAGAAAAUUGGCCGUUGUUCUUUUUUUAGAGAUAAGAAACAUUGUUGAAGCGGCACGGGACCUUUUUCUGUAAAACUUACGCUGAACAAUCCAGGUGAAAAUAACAUUUUCUGUGAGAAAUCUGUACUCUUAACUACAAUUGUAUUUUAUUACGACGAAUUUAUUGUCGUUCACUUCUUUAAUCUCUGAGGGGUUGCAAACCGAUGCUAUCUAUACCGAUCUGUUCGCCGCUUUUGAAAGAAUUAAUCACGAUAUCGCCAUCGCCAAAUCAGCUAAACUUGCGGAUUCAAUGGAUCACUUUUCCGUUUGUUUCAGUCAUAUCAGGUACGCCGUCAACUUAUCAGGAAUCAGAAUAUAUUGGCUCAAAUGGCACGUUCCCCGGACAUAGUCGGGGAUUUGUGCCUUGCCGUGUGUUUUCAUCAUUUCCUGAGCAGAAGGAAAGGACAAGGAGGUGUGGGGAAGUAGAAUUGGAAGGGUGGGAAAAAUAACAACACAAAACAAAAAUAAACAACAGGUAAGUUAAACUCACAAGUAGUUCAACUUGCCUGCGAAUAAACCUAAAGCUCUUUACCACAUUGGAUAAGAAACUUUAGUAUGUCUCUGAGUUUCAGUCGACCAAACAUGGUUUCGUCUAUAUAAGGACGGCUGAAGACUCGAAAUCGCAAUUGCGCUACCGCUGGACAGUUGCAUAUCAGAUGAUAUGAGGUUCCGUAGUCGGAUUCACAAAGAUCACAUGAAAAAGACUCAGCGCGCUGAAUAGUUGCCAUGUGAUAAUUGAGUUUGCAGUGGCCGGUUAAAGCCCUGGUCAGCAUGCCGCAGUGGAGCUUCGAAAAAUGUAAGAGAUUUUUCGAAACCACUGGGCAUGGUUGUUCUAGAAACGCCUU